CAGCAGAACACAUUAAGGUCCAGGCCGGACUCACAGAGACGCAGAUCAAGGAACAGUUUAAAAAGCUUCAUCAGUUUCUGGAGGAGGAAGAGGAAGGCAGGAUGGCUGCACUGAGGGAGGAAGAGGAGCAGAAGAGUCAGAUGAUGAAGGAGAAGAUUGAGUCUCUGAGCAGAGACAUAACGGCUCUUUCAGACACAAUCAGAACCACAGAGGACGAGCUGAGAGCUGAAGACGUCUCGUUCCUUCUCAACUACAAGACUGCAGUAGAACGAGUCCAGCAGCGCCCCCUGCUGGGUGAUCCACAGCUGGCCUCAGGAGCUCUGAUAGACGAGGCCAAACAUCUGGGCAACCUGAGCUUCAACGUCUGGAACAAGAUGAAGGACUUGGUCUCCUACCGUCCGGUGGUUCUGGACCCAAACUCUGCUCAUCCAUGGCUCGUCCUGUCUAAAGAUCUGACCAGUUUGAGACUAGGAGCGAGACAGAAGCUUCCUGACAAUCCAGAGAGGUUUGAUCUUUGCUUCUUAGUCCUGGGAUCUGAGGGUUUUACCUCAGGGACUCACAGCUGGGACGUCCUGGUUGGAGACAGUACUUACUGGUACCUGGGAGUGUCAGCAGAUUCUGUCGAGAGGAAGGGAGACAAACAGUCUGGAUACUGGAGAAUAGGGUUCUAUAAAGAUUGUGUGGAUCCAUGGAGUCGAGCAAACUGAUGAAGAUCCACAAAAAAACACAUUUAUCAAUAACAGCUGAUCAUUGUUCACAUUCAACAAACUUUAUUCAAUCUCACACAUGAGACAUGAUUCAUGUUUAAUCACAUAAAGUCUGUUCACAUGUGAAAUAAUCCAACAUAUAUGAACAUUUGUCUGUUUGAUGUGAAGAAGCCAAAAUGAUUGUGUCUGUAAAAGUGUUUUUUCAACAGCAGCCUAGUG